CGCGCAUAUCGCUGCAUGUCAAACCGCUCUCGAAUCCAACCGCAACUAUCGCACGAAUCCGACGAAACCCCCAAACAACAAAGUAGUCGUUUUAUCGAUACUCACGAGACGCGACACCCAUUUUUCACACCUUCUUGACGUUCCCGGCACGGCCAAAAGUUUCUUCCUGCUGGAAGAAAAACCAAGUGUUCCCUGCUUUCCUUUUUAUUUUAUUUUUAUCCAAUCGUCGCCAAAACGUCGGCAUGGUGCUGCUGGCGGAAAUCUACUGCCCGGAACAGAUUGUGAUACCGGAAAACUUCAACAACGUGCUCAAAGCGUACGCCAAAGCUGUCAUCCGUACGCAACCGUACGAUUUAUUGCGCUGGUCGGCCGCCUACUUUCGGUGUAUGGCCCUGGAGCGAACACCCCCGGUGAAACCCCGCUACGAACCGGAAGCUCACCGGGGGAAGCUCACCACCGGUGCCCUGCGGACGCUAAUCGAUCAGCUUGGAAAAGGCUUUUUCGUCCAGAAACGAUAUCUGUUCGAAAAAUGGCAAGGACUGUGCCUACCGGAAGAAGAACUAUUGAACAUUCUGUCUCUGCUGCGUACGCUUGACUGGACCCAUUUGCACUGGCUGAAGAUUGUGGCCAUCUUCAUCGGGCUGCUGAGUGACAGCCUGGUCCGGACGGCCGAAAUGAUUUGUGAACUGCUGACCGAAGAACCGGAAGGUGGUCCCUCGCCGGUUCCCCUCUGGAUGUUUAAGGAAUGCUUUCUGACCGUGGCCCGGUUGGACUGCGGUUCGGUUCAAACGUUCGUCGACGGGCGAAAAGUUUUGGAGGACGGACGGCUGGAGGAGAAGCAACCGAUGACUGAGAUGCCAAAAGUUUUAUCAACAAUUUCAUUUAAGAACGCCAUCAUCGACAAGUACAAGAGUUUCAUGGGUAUUGAUGCCAAAUCAGCCCCGACCGACGCCGAGCUACUCACCGGUGACGAUCGUUUCUCGGAAAUUUCCGAAAUCCCAUCCAAGUUGGACUCCGACUUCAAAUUUGUCGGGGAUGAAACUGACCCAUACGAAGUAGCGCGCCGAGCUCCGGAUUUCGACAGUGUUAUUAUUCUGCUGAGCGAACUACAGGAAGACAAACUGCAUGCACAUUUGAGUGCGGUCAGUAUAGCUGAGGAAAAAUUGGAACGAGCAAAGGAACGCUCUCAACGCUUGGACGAUCUUAGGGAAAGUCUGCCGGAAUACGACUAUGAGAAACUAAUGGAAGCCGAAAGGCAGCAACUGUUGAAGGAUAUGGGUCCUCCGUGGUUACUGUUGUAUCUUUUUUCAAGAUCGGCAAACCGCCAUCAAUCGUAUAACUUUAUCGAAGAAACUUCAGAUGACGAAUCUGCGAGCGGAUAUUCGGAAGACAGCUGUCUCGUGCGUGGGGCGGAGGAUCUGGAGAGAAGUCCUGAACCGGAGGAGUCAAGGCACGAUAUUGAACGUCGACGGUCCAGCUAUUCGAUCCCAGCUUCUGUACGUUCAAGAAUGAGUUCAAUUCAUUCUUCGGCUACUCGAAUCGCCAAUGAAGUUUUGUCCCGGAUAAUCUGCAUGGUGGACGAAGCUAUCAUUGACGGGGAGUGCGAAUUGUCGGUUCCGUCGAUAGCUAGCUUUAUCGAGCAAAAAAGCCAUGAAACAACCAGCAGCAUUAGCGAGCAUGAUUUUGCUACACUGCGGGAAUUUUUGGAAGAAGCCGAAAAAAAGGAGCUUGAGGUGAAAGACUUGAAUGAGUUGUACCAUUUCUUUGUUGGCGAAAGUUUCAAAAUGAUGGGAGACGUUGAUGAAUUGCAACGGGAUCGCAGUAAGGAAAUUACAUCCAUUUUUGAAUCGAGUGGAAUUGAAGUCGAUCAUAAUUUGCUGGACGCACAAAUUGCCGAAAACAUGAUUCUGGGUUUGGUUCAACCGGAACAGCCCUCGGAAAGGGAAAAGGAACAGGGUCCAUCAUCAUCACCUCAAACAAAUCAGUCUUCGCCAUUUCAUGGAUCAUUAAUACAUGCCGUCAGCUCGGAUCUACAAGCUGUACUUGAAGAACCGACUGAAGAUAUUACGGCGGCAGCAGCUACUGAUGAGCAAGAUGAGAAGGAUGCCGAUAAGACAAAUAAUGAGGCAACCGAGAAAGCAAAGGAAAAUAUAUCGGCUGAUGAUAAGUUAUCCGAAGGACCAGUUGAAUCUAAAUUGGCUCAUCCUGGGGUAGCAACUCAAACCGAUCCUUUCGGUAACAAAUGUAUGGAAUUGAUGCGACGCCAAACGCUUACCAGAAAAUCGGAACUAACAAUAGAGUACAGCUGCCGGAUUGCUCCUAUUCCAGGGAUUGGAUCGCCACUGUCCGAAGAAACAAUUCAGACCUUCUUGGAAUAUCUCGCUAAAAGGGCCAUUCAUCAGCAGGGACUAAUUUAUCCGAGGAAUUUCCGGGAACCACCUUGCCCAAAAAUUACAUGAACGAUGAAGGAAUAUGCGUGCAUGGUAACCAGAUAUAGAUAGUUUUGCUUGCAUUGUAUCGUUUGAAAUAAAUCCA